GAGAGAGAGGAUAUGUCUGGGGCUCUUUUGUCUUCACAGUUGGCAUAGAGAAGAGUGUGUGAAGGUGAAGGCACCGCUUCUCGCUCAUCUAUCAGCAGCCGAGGUGAUCGCUGGAACUUCUCUGGAGGGAAAAGUCCACUUGUUUUCUGGGUGACAAUGGCUUGGUGGGACAGCCUGGGUUUGGUGACUCUAACUCUGAACUACAACAUCACAAUAGUUGGGAAGAUCUGGAUAACAGUGAUGGUGCUGCUCAGACUACUUGUGAUAAUUGUGGUGGGUUACCCCUUGUAUCAGGAUGAACAUGCACGGUUUGUUUGCAACACCAUGCAGCCGGGAUGUUCCAACAUCUGCUUCGAUGCCUUCUCCCCUGUGUCUCACUUCCGAUUCUGGUUUUUACAAGCCAUGGCCCUUUGCCUGCCUUUGGCCAUGUUUGUGGUGUACGUGGCCCACAAGGUAACUAGCCAAAUUGCAAGGGAAAGCGUGCACCAGUUCCCUGAAAACCUCCCGAAAGUUUCGGUGAUUGGACGGGAACAAGCGCCCUGUGGAAGUGCAUAUUUAAUCAGGAACAGUUCGGAGUCAGGACUUCGCUUGUAUCAAAGCCGUGAUGAACGGAACCAAGUCAAUGAAGAUUUCAGGAUGAGGCAAAACAUUCCUCAUUUCUGUGAGGCAUAUAUAUUGCAAUUGCUGGUGAGGAUGCUGUUGGAAGCUGGGUUCGGUGUUGGACAGUACUAUUUGUUUGGGUUUUUUGUCCCUAAUAUAUUCAUCUGCUACAGACAUCCUUGCAGCAGCAACAUAGACUGUUACACCUCCAGACCCACCGAGAAGACUCUUAUGCUUCAUUUUAUGCUUGGAGCUGCCGGAUUCUCUUUGGUGCUGAAUUUCGUGGAGUUGCUUCAUGUCAUCAAGAGAGCUUCGAGUCAAAACCGUAAGAAUAAAUCUCUGACACAGAAUAUUUGCCGAAGGGAACCGUAUUGUGUUCUCCCGAAUCGGGCUCAUGUGUUCCCCGGACACAAAGUCGUUCAGGAAUAUGGAGCACAAGCGAGGAGAAGGCGGGGCAGCGGUGUGAGUGUAGACAGCGACUUAUCAGCAAAAUCCCAGCAGAGGGAAGGAACCUCUCUGCACUCUGGUGUCCAGUCAGAGCACAUAGCUCUGCCCAAUGCCAACAGCAAUAACACACACCUCACCGCAGUCCCAUCGAGCUCCAGGUCCACGGAAGACUACACUGAAGAAGAGGGCAGUGAGGUGGUGCUGUACGCAGGAGAACAGAGAGCAGUAGCUCGGGGAUUCAGCGGACACUCAAGUGGUGACAACCCGGUGAUCCCGACAGAUCAGCAAGGCUUCAGAUCGCGCCAGCUCCCGCUGCAAAGACCCAUGGAGCCUCUGUCAGUCAGCAAGCAGCUGAUAGAAGAGUAUAAGUUUGUUCACCUGCAAUCUAAAGAUUUGCAGACAUUCCUUGGUACAGGUGGCAGGAUGAAGAAAUCUGAAUGGGUUUGAAGCUGGGAAGACAUAGACAACAUAGACAAAGCAACAACAGAUGUUUGGCUGAAAUGUUACUCCUGAACUUUGCUCUCUUUGGGACAGUAGUGUUAGUGAGUGUAUGUAAUAAGUGCAGCAAUAGGGUGGUGGCAAGGGCAGCACUUAUUUACCACUGAGGAUAUCAGGCUCAAAGGAUAUUGGACAAACACAUCCUUACUUAAGAAACAAGAACAAAAAUAUGUUUUUGAAUACUAGACCCCUCCCCUCCCGCCUCGACUUCCCAAUAAUGGUGGUAAUACUCCCAGCCCCGCUUAAAUAACUGUUUGAACCCUAGGAGUGGUCACUCAAUCCAUAGUUGUUUGUGGGACACU